AUGGCCGCCGUAGCCGCAUCUAAAGGCAAAAGGAUACAGCAAGCGCCUCAAGCGGCCAUUGACGAGUUCUGGGAUAAGUUUACCACCAAAGCUCCAGGCAAGGUUAUUCCCAGGAACCCCCACGUCGAAAAGGCAGUCAAGAGAACGACACACACCUCAUUCGAUGAAGCGGUGGCCCUCUGCCGGACCAAAGUGCGCAAGAUCGUGGAUGAAUGCCGCGCUGUUAACCAGAAGUAUCGCGACCCGCAUUUUGAUCUUGAGUUCGAUUUGAAAUUCGGAAGUCGAAAUUGUCUCGACUCUCUUUGGAACAUCAAAGAUAGAGAGCCGCCGGAUCCUUUGCUGCGACCGAGGUCCAUCAAACGGGUGGUUGACAUAUUUGAUGAGCCUCAAUUUUACAUCGACGACGCUACUGCCAACGAUGUGCGCCAAGGUCGUGGGGGGGAUUGUUGGCUAAUGGCAGCCCUGUGUGGCCUCAGCAAUAAACCUGGCCUGAUCGAAAGGGUGUGUGUUUCGCAUGACCAGGAGGUCGGCGUCUAUGGCUUCGUCUUUCAUCGUGACGCUGAGUGGUUCAGUGUCAUCAUUGACGACAAGCUUUACCUCACAAAGCCUGAUUACGACGAAAGCUACCUUGAACGGAAUCUUUGGGAUGACCGAGAACGCAUCAACUCAGAAGAUGCCUACCGCAAAAUCUACCAGUCAAACAGCGGCGCCUUGUAUUUCGCCCAAUGUGAGAAUCCAAACGAAACGUGGCUUCCGCUAUUGGAAAAGGCUUACGCGAAAGCUCAUGGUGAUUACUCUGCCAUCGAGGGCGGUUUUACUGGCGAGGCCGUCGAAGACUUGACCGGAGGGGUUACGACUGAGCUUUAUACCACAGAUAUUCUGAGCAAAGAGGUUUUCUGGAAGCAGAAGUUGCUGCGCGUGAAUCAAGAUUGCCUCAUCAGUUGUUCGACUGGAUUUGCUUCAAGAGGCCGGGGUGAGCGUAAUGGAAUCGUCGAGAUGCAUGCGUACAGUAUAAUGAAGGCAGUUGAGCUCAACGGGGAACGCCUUGUUCACCUCAAGAAUCCAUGGGGCAAAGGAGAGUGGAAAGGUGCAUGGUCUGAUGGCUCGAAGGAAUGGACUCCAGAAUGGCUACGGCAACUCAACCACACUUUCGGCGAUGAUGGAGCCUUUUGGAUCUCUUAUACCGACCUCUUAAAGAAGUAUUCAAUGUUUGACGUUACUCGCCUCUUCGGCUCCGACUGGACUUCGAAAACGAAAUGGACCACUCUAGAGGUUCCUUGGGUUUCGGACUACCACAAAACUUCUUUCGCUCUGACUAUUACUAGGGCUGGACCGGUAGUCAUCGUGCUAUCACAGCUGGAUGAUCGCUACUUUCGAGGCCUGGAAGGUCAAUAUCGGUUUGAUCUUGGCUUCCGCUUGCAUAGAGCUGGCGAUGGAGAGGCCUAUGUCGUUCGCAGCGAGCCUGCAUACCGAAUGAGAAGAUCGGUCAACGUCGAGCUUGAUCUUGAAGCUGGCGACUACGAAGUCCACGUCCGUGUUGAAGCCACUCGCAACGACGACCUACUUCCCACCCAUCAAGUGAUUCGCAAGUACGCCAAAAGUCGGCGAGACAAGUUGAUGCAUACCGGAUUGGCAUAUGAUAUCGCUCAUGGGAAAGGUUUAAUGGGAGCCAAAGCAAAAUCUACGUGCGCCUCUGACGAGAAGGUGCAGGGUGCCCACGAACAAGACCAACUACGCUCGACCAUUCGAAGCAUACUCCAGGAAGGAGAGAAGCGGAGAUCUUGUGAUUGGACAGGAAACCAGGAGAGCAGGUUUACGAGGACCGGUCGCACGGUUUGGCGUCAGCCAGAAGUAACUUCUGACAAUCGCAGUUCCAACAGCUCUGACGCCGGUCACGAAGGCAGCGACUGCAUUGCAACUAUGUUAGAAAUGCGGGGGAAAGAGAUCGAGAACGCAGCGAGGAAUAAAAAUACGGGCAACCCGACCAACAACAACACAGGCUCCCCGUGCCACUGUCCUUCCGCCUCAGCAUUGCCCACUUCAGAAGAGCCGGACGAAUUUGAGAUGAACCCCUGGAACGCUGUAGUUGUGGUUGGUUUGAGGGUAUAUCACAUGGUCGGGCCCGAGUCGCAAGCCCAACAAGAAACAGGUGAUGUGGUCACGUUGCAGGUCCUGUCUCCCCAGACCAGGGUCGAAGACGAAUCCUCAGAUACUGCCAUGCAGGUUGCGGAGACGACAAAGGGCCUUGAUAUUGACGACACGGAAAAAGAUGCGACUCUAAAUGGGGGUAUCAAGCAGAGGAAGAAAAGCAUCGUGGUCCGCACGAGUGACGGCUGAUGCUGAUGCAUUAUCAUGGGGCAAGGUGUCACCUGUUGAAUAGGUGGGUGGCCAGUUCUAUUCGUGGCAUCCCGGCCUGGUAGCAAACGCCAGCGACAGUAACCUAAAGUAUCGAUACCAAGUAAUACGUUAUCAUGU